AUGUCACCAUGAUGGAUCCAAGUCAUUUCCUGAUGAUAAUGCUCAGCCGCUUUGAACUUUAUCAGAUUUUCAGGACACCAGAUUAUGGGAAAAGAUUCAGUUCUGAGAUCACCCAUAAGGAUGUUGUUCAGCAGAACAGUACUCUAAUAGAAGAAAUGCUAUACCUCAUUAUAAUGCUUGUUGGUGAGAGAUUUAGUCCUGGGGUUGGACAGGUGAAUGCUACAGAUGAAAUUAAACUGGAGAUUAUCCAUCAAUUGAGCAUCAAGCCUAUGGCUCGCAGUGAAUUGGUAAAGUCUUUACCUGAAGAUGAGAACAAGGAGACUGGCAUGGAGAAUGUCACUGAAACAGUUGCCCAUUUCAAGUAAGUUUUCUUCCUGUUACUUCACAUUUUGUAGAGUUUAUCUGGUUUGGUUUAGGGGGGCUUUUGUUUGUGU